GCGGCAUCUGCUGCUGCAUCAGCGGCAUCUGCUGCUGCAUCAGCGGCAUCUGCUGCUGCAUCAGCGGCAUCAGCUACUGCAUCAGUGGCAUCUGCUGCUGCAUCUGCCAUCAGCAGCAUCUUCUGCUGCAUCAGUGGCAUCUGCUGCAGCAUCUGUUACAGCAUCAGCAGCAUCUUCUGCUGCAUCAGUGGCAUCUGCUGCUGCAUCUGUUACAGCAUCAGCGGCAUCUGCUGCAGCAUCUGUUACAGCAUCAGCAGCAUCUGCUGCUGCAUCAGUGCAUCUGUUACAGCAUCAGCGGCAUCUGCUGCAUCAGCAGCGGCAUCUGCUGCAUCAGCAGUGGCAUCUGCUGCUGCAUCAGCGGCAUCUGCUGCAGCAUCUGUUACAGCAUCAGCAGCAUCUUCUGCUGCAUCAGUGGCAUCUGCUGCUGCAUCUGUUACAGCAUCAGCAGCAUCUUCUGCUGCAUCAGCGGCAUCUGCUGCUGCAUCUGUUACAGCAUCAGCGGCAUCUGCUGCAGCAUCAACAGCAUCUGCUGCUGCAUCAGUG